GGCGCCUCAUGAGAGGAGACACCGAAGAUGGAUUAUGGCAACCAGACCGGCCUCGUCCCUUGCGGGUCUGGCAAGUACAUUUCGAAGCAUGAACUCCUGUUACAUCUGAAGACCUACAACCUCUACUACGAAGGGCAGAACUUGCAGCUUCGUCACCGGGAGGAAGAAGGCGAGCUGAUCGUGGAGGGUCUCCUGAACAUCUCCUGGGGCCUGCGGCGGCCCAUCCGCCUGCAGAUGCAGGACGACUACGAGCGCGUCCGCCCGCCGCCCUCCUCUUCCUCCUGGCACUCCGGCUGCAACCUCGGCCUCCACGGGUCCGGGCCUGCUCCCGCUCCCCUCCCCAUCCCCGACAUCCAGAUCACGGACACCGAGGCCUCGGCGGACGGAGGCCGGAUGCCCAGCCCCGGCGGAAGCGGCGGGCUGAAGCCGCUGGCCGAGGAGGCCCCGCAGCUGCUGCGGACCCGCAGUGAUGUGGGCGUCCGGCGCCGCGGGAACGUGCGGACCCCCGGAGACCAGCGACGCAUCAAGCGCCACCGUUUCUCCAUCAACGGCCACUUCUACAACCACAAGACAUCCGUGUUCACCCCGGCCUACGGCUCCGUCACCAAUGUCCGCGUCAACAGCUCCAUGACAGCGCCUCAGGUGCUCCGGCUGCUGCUCAAUAAGUUCAAGAUCGAAAAUUCUGCCGAAGAAUUCGCCUUGUACGUUGUCCACACCAGCGGAGAGAAGCAGAAGCUGCGCGGGACGGAUUAUCCGCUCAUGGCGCGGAUCCUGCAGGGCCCAUGUGAGCGUGUCUCCCGCCUCUUCCUCAUGGACAGAGACCAGGUGGACGAAGUCACCUACGAUGUCGCUCAGUACAUAAAAUUCGAGAUGCCGGUUCUCAAGAGCUUCAUUCAGAAGCUGAAAGAGGAGGAGGACCGCGAAGUGACCAAACUGAAGCGCAAGUACACUGGCCUCCGGUUGAGGAUCGAGAGGAGGCUGGAGGAGAUAGCCGAGAGCCCGCCCGCCAUCUGAGCCACCCUGCCCCGGCCUCCCCUGAUGCCCCCGCCGUCGAACCCAGGCCCGCCCUGAGCCCAGCCGGGGCCCCGAUUGACUUGAUGGGAGCACUGGAGGGGAGGCCAACUGUCCACCUCACCCUGAGGCCUCCUUAUCCGCCGUCUCCUGCUCCGUGAGGGGAUGCUGAGAGGGCCGCUCUGG